AUGAAGAGUCUUGCCAAUAUGAUGAGCCAGCUGCUCCAAGGACAGCAGAUCCAGGGAAAAGCACUGAAUCAGGUCACAAACGACAUCAAUACCCGAAUGAAUCACAUGUUCAAUGACCUGAGUGCCAAAUAUGAUAAUGUCUCGAGCCAUAUGAGGCAGAUGGAUAUUCAGAUUGCUCAGACUGCUGAGAGUGUGAAAAGACAGCAAGGCACUCUUCCUGGAAAAACAGAUAAAAAUCCCAAGGAGUGCAAUGCAGUCGCGCUUAGGAGUGGGAAGCAGUUAACUGAUCUGGCGCCCAAGAGAUUCACAACAGCUGAAAAGGGGAAGCAGAAAGAGUCAGAACAACCACCAGUAACCGCACCAACAGACGAGGAAGAAGCAGGGCUUCCUGCUAAACAUACUCCGACCACUACAGAGCAGCCUACUGUGGUUGUUCGCCCAGCUGCAGAACCUGUACCCACCCGUGACUAUGUGCCUAAGGUUCCGUACCCUGUUCCUGCUAAGGCCACACGCAAGGACAAGGAGGAGAUGAAAUGUAGGAAGAUGCUGGAAGACAUAACAGUCAGACUCCCUCUCAUGAGUGCAAUCCAGAUGAUGCCAUCCAUGAGUAGCUUUGUGAAAGGACUUAUUUCUGGAAAGAUAACCGAUGACAGUGAGUUCAUGGUGGUCUCAAAAGAGUGCAGCGCUGUUCUCCAGAACAAAAGGAUCAAGAAACUGGGUGACCCUGGAAAAUUUGUCCUAUCCAUCCAAAUAGGGAGAACAGUCUUCUCAUGUUCGCUAGUCGAUCUGGGAUCAAGCAUCAACCUCAUGCCAUACUCUGUGGCUAAGCGCCUUGGAUUCACGGAUUUCAAACCUACCAGGAUGUCCCUAGUGUUUGCUGAUCGAUCAGUGAAAUCUCCGGUCGGAAUUAUCGAGGAUAUCCAAGUUCUUGUUGGGAACACGCUUGUCCCUGCCGAUUUCGUUGUUCUGGAACUCGAGGAAGAGUCAAAGGAUCCUCUGAUCCUAGGCAGACCAUUCCUAUGCACUGUCGGAGCUAUCAUAGAUGUGCGACAAGGAAAAAUCGACCUCCACCUAGGAGACAUUGUGAUGAGGUUCGAGAUGAAUCAGAUGCUCAAGAAACCUAUGCUGGAUGGACAAACCUUCACUGUCCAAGAGGAGGGUGAUCCGCUGGAACCAAGUGAUCAGAUGAUUGAGGAGAUCCUUACAGAUGAUCCGCUGGAACUAGCCUUGACUAGAGCUGAAGCAGAACAGAAUGUCCAGAACAUCGACGCUGAUGGGUACGCUAAGAUGUUGGACUCCGCCAGAACCAUGGAAAGAUUAGUGGCAUAUCUCAGUCUGGGGGAGAACAAUGCUUCAGACUCAUCGAGCUCGCUUGUUCCACCAAGUCGGAACAAUGACCCGUGGAGUGAAUCCGAAGCUCCAAAAGUCGAGCUCAAAACACUCCCUAAGGGGCUCAGGUACGCAUUUCUUGGACCAAAUUCUACAUACCCAGUAAUCGUGAAUGCUGACCUGAACAAUGCUGAAACUGCUCUUCUCCUAUGCGAACUUAGGAAAUAUCGAAAGGCAUUAGGAUAUUCUCUAGCUGAUAUACCUGGCAUUUCACCUGAUCUGUGCAUGCAUAGAAUACACCUAGAAGAUGAAUCAAUGACUUCUGUAGAACAUCAGAGGAGGUUAAACCCAAAUCUGAAAGAUGUUGUUAAGAAGGAGAUAAUGAAACUUCUAGAAGCUGGUGUAAUCUAUGCGAUCUCUGAUAGUAAGUGGGUUAGUCCUGUUCAUGUAGUGCCUAAGAAAGGAGGGAUCACUGUUAUAACCAAUGAAAAGAAUGAAUUAAUCCCUACUAGAACAGUAACUGGUCAUCGCAUGUGCAUCGAUUUCCGUAAAUUGAAUGCUGCGACCCGCAAGGAUCACUUUCCACUUCCCUUCAUUGAUCAAAUGCUUGAAAGAUUGGCUAACCACCCUUACUAUUGCUUUUUAGAUGGUUAUUCAGGUUUUUUUCAGAUUCCCAUCCACCCAGACGAUCAGGAAAAGACGACGUUCACAUGUCCUUACGGAACAUAUGCCUACAGGAGGAUGCCUUUCGGGCUGUGCAAUGCUCCAGCGACCUUUCAACGCUGCAUGAUGUCGAUUUUCACUGAUCUAAUUGAAGACAUAAUGGAGGUUUUCAUGGACGAUUUCAGCGUCUAUGGAAGCUCCUUUAGUGUCUGUUUGUCAAACUUGUGUAGGGUUCUGAAGCGAUGCGAGGAGAAGCAUCUCGUGCUUAAUUGGGAAAAAUGUCAUUUCAUGGUCAGAGAUGGGAUUGUUCUAGGACAUAAGAUUUCAGAAAAGGGCAUCGAAGUGGACAAGGCAAAGAUCGAUAUCAUGAUGAGUCUGCAGCCACCAACUUCAGUGAGGGGAAUAAAAAGCUUUUUGGGACAUGCUGGUUUUUACAGAAGAUUCAUCCAGGACUUCUCGAGAAUCGCAAGACCACUCACUAGACUGCUCUGCAAGGAAACAAAGUUUGACUUCGACAGCGAGUGCUUAGCUUCAUUUCACACGAUCAAGGGAGCUCUAGUCAGUGCACCGGUUGUCCAACCCCCAGACUGGGACCUCCCUUUCGAGAUCAUGACAGACGCGAGUGACUUUGCAGUAGGAGCAGUGCUCGGCCAGCGGAAGGAUAAGAAGCUCCAUGUGAUCUACUACGCGAGUAAGACAUUGGAUGAAGCUCAAUGUAGGUAUGCUACAACGGAGAAGGAACUCCUGGCCAUCGUCUAUGCUUUUGAGAAGUUUCGAUCAUAUCUAGUUGGGUCUAAGGUGAUAGUCCACACGGAUCAUGCAGCUCUCAAGUACCUGCUCACGAAAAAAGAUGCCAAACCGCGGCUCCUGAGAUGGAUUCUCCUCCUUCAAGAAUUUGACCUGGAAAUAAGAGACAAGAAGGGGGUAGAAAAUGGAGUAGCGGACCACCUUUCCAGAAUGAAAAUAAACGAUGAUACUGUGAUUGACGAAGAGCAACCAGUGGAACACGUAAGUGCGAUUGGUCUUUGCUAUUCGGAACAACCAAUGCGCAUGGAAACGGCUUGUUCUCCACAACCAGAGCAGUUUGUCGCAGUAAUCCAGAAGCAACAUCCUGAUCUACCGUGGUUUGCUGAGAUUGCAAAUUUCCUAGCCGCUGAAAAAGAGCCUCAGAAGUUCACAGGGAACGAGAAGAGAAAAUUCUUAAGAGAGGCAAGGCACUACUUUUGGGAUGAGCCUUACCUAUACCGACAAUGCAAGGAUGGGAUCUUCAGACGAUGCGUUCCAGAGGCUGAAAUUCCAGGUAUCCUACACCACUGCCACGGAUCUUCCUACGCUGGACACUUCGCCACAUUCAAAACAGUCUCCAAAUCCAAGCGGGAUUCUGGUGGCCAACAAUGUUCAGAGAUGCUCACACCUUCAUAUCCAGAUGCAAUGCAUGCCAGCGAAUGGGCAGUAUCAGCAAAAGGAAUGAGAUGCCUCAGAAUUACAUAUUGGAAGUUGAGGUGUUCGACUGCUGGGGAAUAGAUUUU